AUGUCAUUGGCAGAGUUUGACGAGAUAAAGUAUGACCACUCGACCACGAGACUGGACGUGCCCUCAAACUACCUGAUCAGAAAGGCGCGUAGAAACCCGCAUGGGCUGGAAGAUCUGCGCAAGUCUAUGAAAUCCGCCACCAUCUACGUGGGCAACCUCUCUUUCUACACUUCCGAGGAGCAAAUUUACGAGCUGUUCAGCAAGUGUGGGACUAUAAAGAGAAUCAUCAUGGGGUUGGACCGGUUCAAAUUCACGCCUUGCGGGUUUUGUUUUGUGAUUUACAGCACGCCGGAGGAAGCGUUGAACGCAGUGAAAUACCUAUCGGACACCAAGCUGGAUGAUCGCAACAUCACGCUUGAUUUGGACCCCGGGUUCGAAGACGGGCGUCAAUUCGGCAGGGGCAAGAGCGGUGGCCAGGUGAGCGACGAAUUGAGAUUCGAGUUUGACGCUUCUCGUGGAGGGUUUUCUGUGCCGCUGGUGGACCGGAUUGGGGUCAACAACUCGCACAAUUUCGGCGCAAGAAGGGUAAGAGACACGUACAUUCCGGGACAGGACGACGCGUUCGAGGACGAAGAAGAAGAGCUAGAUACGUACAUUCCGGGCCAGGACUGA